AUGUCUAAUAAACAGUCUUUUGACGAUUUCUUGAAGAAUCAGCAACAGGCCCAACAACAGCCUACGGGUUUUGGUUUCAGACAGAAUAAUAACUCUAGAGGCGGAUAUAACAAUAGAGGUAGAGGUGGCUAUAAUAACAGAGGCUACAAUAAUUAUCAAGGUGGAUAUCAAAACUACAAUCAAGGAUAUCAAAACUACAAUCAAGGAUAUCAAAACUACAAUCAAGGAUAUCAAAACUAUAACCAAGGAUACCAAAACUAUCAAGACUUUAAUACUCCAGUUGAAUCAGCCGUGAAUAGUGGAACCGCAACUCCAACUACUCCAAAUGCUAACUCAUCUACUGCUUCUUUAUCAUCUUUGAAUACUGCUUUGAGUAAACUUAAUGUUGGUGAUAUCCCAAUUCAAGAAAACUUGAGUAAAAUUGAUCAAGCAUCUAAAAUUGGGGAUGUUAAACCAGAAGUUGAAAGUAUAGUCAAAAAAAUUACCGAAGAAGCCGACUCAUUAUCAGUUAUUGACGAAUGGAAAUUAUUGGAUAUUUUGAAAUCAUUAUCCAAGCCAAAAAACUCUCCUUUAGUUAGAGAGGCUGCUUUAUUAAUUAUUCAGCAAUUAGCAGUCAAUAUUGGUGGUAAGACUCCUAAGGAAGCUUACUUAAUUCAAUUUUUCAAUAUUGCAUAUGACUUAUUCACUGAUAAAGACAAAAAUGUCGUCAAAGCUGCUAAGACUGCAGUUGAUGCUUUAUAUGGUAUUUUCCCAGUAGAAGCAUUAGGUACCGUAGUUAUUAAUGAUUUAUUGGACUACUUGGCCUCCUCUGCAAAAUGGAAUGCCAAACUUAGUGCUUUGAAUUAUUUUGAAAGAUUAAUUGAUGAUGUUCCUGCUGAUAUUUUGGAAAUGAAAUUUAUCAAAGCUGUUCCAAUUUUAACUGAUUUAGCUACCGAUUUUAAACCGGAAUUAGCUAAACAAGGUUUGAAAACUUUAAAACGUUUUGUCAAAGUUUUAGAUAAUUUGGAUUUACAAAAUAGAUAUGAUAUUAUCGUUGAUACUUUAGCUGAUCCAAAGAAGGUCACUGAUUGUAUAAAGAAUUUAUCAUCAGUUACUUUUGUUGCUGAAGUUACCGAACCAGCUUUAUCUCUUUUAGUCCCAAUUUUAGAUAAAUCAUUGAAAAUGUCUUCUUCUUCUAAUGAUCAAUUAAGACAAACCGUUACUGUUACCGAAAAUUUAACCAGAUUAGUUAAUAACAAACGUGAAAUUGAAUCUUUCAUUCCAAUCUUAUUACCAGGUGUUGAAAAAGUUGUCAAUAACGCUUCUUUACCAGAAGUUAGAGAAUUAGGUUCCAGAGCUUUACAAGUUUUGAAAGAUGCUGAAAGUGAACAAACUGAUGGUAAAUUCCAUGGUAGAUUAUCUUUUGAUCAAGCUAAAAACUUUUAUCAAGACAAUUUAACUUCUGAUUUAGCCCCUGUUGUUACUCAUUUAUUAAUCAAUCCAAUGAUCUCCGAUUACUUAGCCAGUAUUUUACAAAUUGAUGCCAACGUUAAUGAUUGGAAACGUUUGAGAGAAUAUUUGAACAUGGCAGUAUCAACCAUUCCAGAUGUUAUCAGCGAAGAAUUGAAAGAGAAAUACAUUAACGAAGUUAUUAACAAUUUAAGAGUUUUAUACGCUCCCGACUCUUCUGAAGCCGUUGCAGACUAUGAAGGUGCUGUUGAAAUUGUUAAUGCCGAUUUCUCUUUAGCAUACGGUUCCCGUAUGUUAUUGAAUAAGACCAACUUACGUUUAUUGAAAGGUCAUAGAUAUGGUUUAUGUGGUAGAAAUGGUGCAGGUAAAUCCACUUUAAUGAGAGCUAUUUCUAAAGGUCAGUUAGAAGGUUUCCCAACUGCUGAUGAAUUGAAAACUUGUUUUGUUGAACAUAAAUUACAAGGUUCCGAAGCUGAUAUGGAUUUAGUCAGUUUCAUUGCCUCAGAUCCUGAAUUAGCUAACGUUGGUCGUGAGGAAAUUUCAAGAGCUUUAUCUACCGUUGGAUUUCCACAAGAAAGAAUUGAGCAAAAUGUUGGUUCUUUAUCUGGGGGUUGGAAAAUGAAAUUAGAAUUAGCUAGAGCUAUGUUAAUGAAAGCUGAUGUCUUAUUAUUGGAUGAACCUACCAAUCACUUGGAUGUUACCAAUGUGAAAUGGCUUCAAGAUUAUUUGGUCGAAAAUACUUCAAUCACUUCAUUGAUUGUUUCACAUGAUUCUGGUUUCUUAGAUGCUGUUUGUACUGAUAUUAUUCAUUACGAAAAUAAGAAAUUGGCCUACUAUAAAGGUAAUUUGUCUGAAUUCGUUAAAGUUAAACCAGAAGGUAAAUCAUACUAUACCUUAACUGAUUCUAAUGUGCAAAUGGCUUUCCCACCUCCAGGUAUUUUGACUGGGGUUAAAUCUAACACUAGAGCAGUCGCUAGAAUGUCUAAUGUUACUUUUAGCUAUCCGAAUGCUCCAAAACCAUCUUUAGUUAAUGUUUCAUGUUCGUUAUCUUUAUCGUCUCGUGUUGCUAUUUUAGGUCCAAAUGGUGCAGGUAAAUCCACCUUGAUCAAAUUAUUAACUGCUGAAUUGAUUCCUAAUGAAGGUACAGUUGAAAAACAUCCAAAUUUGAGAAUUGGUUACAUUGCUCAACAUGCUUUACAACACGUUGAACAACACAAAGAAAAAACUGCUAACCAAUAUUUACAAUGGCGUUAUAGAUUUGGUGAUGAUCGUGAAGUUUUAUUAAAAGAGUCUCGUAAAAUUUCCGAAGAAGAAAAGGAACAAAUGGAAAAAUCAAUUGAUAUCGACGAUGGUAGAGGUCCAAGACAAGUUGAAGCUCUUGUUGGUAGACAAAAAUUGAAAAAAUCUUUCCAAUAUGAAGUUAAAUGGAAAUAUUGGUUGCCAAAAUAUAAUUCUUGGGUUCCUAAAGAAGUUUUACUUGAACAUGGUUUUGAUAAAUUAGUUCAAAAAUUCGAUGAUCACGAAGCAUCUAGAGAAGGUUUAGGUUAUCGUGAAUUAACUCCAUCUGUUAUUAGAAAACAUUUCGAAGAUGUUGGUUUAGAUGGUGAAAUUGCUGAUCAUACUCCUAUGGGCUCUCUUUCUGGUGGUCAAUUAGUUAAAGUUGUCAUUGCUGGUGCAAUGUGGAAUAAUCCUCAUUUGUUAGUUCUUGAUGAACCUACCAAUUAUUUGGAUCGUGACUCCUUGGGAGGUUUAGCUAUUGCCAUUAGAGGCUGGGCCGGUGGUGUUGUUAUGAUUUCCCACAACAACGAAUUCGUUGGUGCUUUAUGUCCCGAACAGUGGCAUGUUGAAAAUGGUGAAGUUGUCCAAAAAGGUCAUGCUGCUGUUGAUAACAAUAGAUUUGCUGAUGGUGGUGAAUCUGCCGAAGGCUCCCCAGCUCCAGUUCCAGUUAAAAAGAGAGCUGACGAUGAUGAUUCACCGGCCAAUAUUAAGGUUAGAACUAGAAAGAAGAAGAUGACUAGAAAUGAAAAGAAACUUCAAGCCGAAAGAAGAAGAUUGCGUCAUAUUGAAUGGUUGAGUAGUCCUAAAGGUACUCCAAAACCAGCUGAUACUGAUGAUGAAGAAGACGAUUAA